GGGUAGACAACUAUUCUUAUCGUACUGACAACAUACCGAUUGUAAGAUACAUAAAUAAUGCUACUUUUAUAAGAUUGUAAUCAUUUCAAAAUAUUUUUCAUUUUCUUACUUCAUUUUACUUGCUACUUAAAAUAUUGCCGCCAAUUCAUUCAAAUUUAAAUCAAGAAAAGUCAUUUUAAAAACUGACAGUGAGGUUAUAAUGGUGUCCGAAGAAGUUCGUAGUAUCUGAGCUGACGAUAACUAAUUUAGGAUUUGUGUCUCGCCUUGUAAAAAUUAAGUUUUUUUAUAAUGAUUUUACAAAUUAUCCUAAUAGUUUUGUUAUCAAAAUUUUCUUUUGCUGAAGAUAGAAAGAUAACCAUGGCCAUUAAUCCUGGUUGUGGUGCUGAAUGCAAACAGGAUUCUAAUAUUCUUAUUUAUGUUAGAGCUGAUGGGUUAAAUGAUACAUUACAUCAUAUUUGGGACUUCACUAAUAAACCAACAAUUGUACUUGCUCUAUCACCUUUGAACACAACUCUUAUGAUAAAUUGGACAAGCUUUAAGAAUUAUGAAGAAGGAGCAUUGCAAUUUUCACCAUUGCCGUUUUACACCUUUUCUUAUCUUGUUGACAAGGUAAUAGAAUUUAAUGAUGUCAACAAUACUGCAAUUUUUGAUCCUACUGUGUACAAUAAAUCUGAUUCAAUUGUUCAUGACACAAAUUUUAAAUGGGUAUUAGAUAAAUAUGUUAAUACCACUAGCUAUGCUUCUGUUACAAUGAAAACUGACCACAAACAUUAUUCACACCUUUUAAAAAAAGGAUGUAUUAGUAUUACAUUAUCAGCAUUUGGGACUAUGGAACAUUCUUCUUUGCAGCCUCAUUUAUUACAUACUACAAAUGCAACCCAAAUAGAUAUUCAGUUUGAAAAUCUUUCAACAACUAAGCACUUCAAAUCUAGAUUUGCUCUUGGAUUAGCAUUGGUCAGUUCAGAUUCUGCCAAUAGUACUAUGCAUCUGCAUUCCCGGAAAAGUCUUGAUGAUGAACACUCACCUGGAAUUUUUACUAUUGGUGAAGUGAAAUCAAAGCAAGGUUAUUUAGAAUGGAGAACUGUUGCUUAUACAUCAUUAGAAAGGUCAAUGACCAAUUCAACAGGUGUUUCAUCUGGUCUGUUUGAUCUUCCUGGCAUUCAGUGUUUUGAUGAUACUGCACUUGUAUCUCUUUUUGGCUCCGAUCUGGAUUUCAUGCUUUGGAAAGAACUUUAUGUUUCUCUUGGAGAACCUGGAGAUACUUUAUAUUCAUCAAAUCCAUUUAUUUCUUGGUCAUUUCUCGGUGGCAUUGGAGUUCCUGGGAACGAAAGAUUCUCUCUCUUUAUCUUACUAAUAGUUGGUUUUGGUCUUGGAGUUCCUGCAUUACUUAUCAUCAUUGGUGGCAUUUGGAUUGUUGUGAAACGAUUUAGGCAAAAAAAUGAUAUUGUUUUUACUGAAAUGUAAGGAAAUAAUACAUAAAACAAUAUCUAUCAUAUAUAUAUAUAUGGAAGUAAAAACGUCAUUAUUUAAUUAUUUUGAAAUUGCACUUGACAGCUUCCAUUGUAAAGUAAAUGUAUACUAUCAUCCUUAUAUGUAAUCUCAUUCUCUUAGGCAAAUGUAAUUAAGUGUUAGGAUUUUAUUUUUAUACUAUUUUUUAUUGUAUUAUAUAACGUAAAAUAAAAUUAUUUUGUGUUUAAGAAGUAUUAUCUCAUACUUCUAGUCAAAUAUGAUUUAAGUUCUUUGAAUAUUUAUUUUUGGUUUUUAAAAUAAAUUAUAUAAUAAGCUUUUGCAGUUUUUGAGCUUGUUAUGGAUACAGUUUUUUCUCAUCAUGCUGAAAUGUUUGUGCUCUUGAGAAUCAUGUCAACCGAUGUAAGGGCCUUGAUUUUAUAACUUUUACAAAAUUCAAAAUAUAAUAACAUAAAUGAAAAUACUUAUGAAUACAACAUGAAAUUGUGAUAUAUUAAACUACAUGCUUUAAUUAUUAUGGAUAAACUGUGAUUUUUAAAAUUUAGUAUGUACCUGCAUUGCCUUUUACCACUUUGUCUGUUGCAUUAAUAAAAUUUAAAAAAAGACAUUUAUUUAAUAUAGGAAGAAAGUCAUAAUAUUAGAAAUAUAAUAUUUAUGAGA